AAUUAAAAGGUCGGAUCAACGUACGAGUCGUGAGGAGAAGGGAGUUCUAAAAUCUUAAGUUAUGUCCAUUAUCUAUCAAAAUGAUUUUGAUGGUAUCGCACUGUUCUUUUGUUUCCACGAGUGGCUCUUAAUCUUCGACUACUUUUGAUCUCUCACAUGAUUGGAUUUCGAUUUUAAAUAUCAUUUCUAUCUUCGUUAGGCAAUUCAGCAUUAAAAAUCCAACAUUUUCGAUAAAACUCCACAGAAUUUCACCGGAGAAGCAAAAUGGUUGCCGUCGGCAAAGUGAACCUCACGCCUGUCUCCAAACUUGACGAUGCCUUCGACAGAGCAUCCGAACUGAAAGCUUUCGAUGAUACUAAGGCCGGCGUCAAAGGCCUAGUCGACGCCGGGGUUGUCGAGAUCCCAAGAAUAUUCUACCGCCCACCCAAAAUGGACGAUUCCAGUUCCGUCGAGACCCAUCUCGGCGUUCCGGUGGUGGAUCUCGAAGACGUCGACAAAGACCCCUUCAAACGCAGAGAGAUUGUGGAUAAAAUCAGGGAAGCUUCAGAGACGUGGGGCUUUUUUCAAGCUGUAAACCAUGGAGUUCCGGCGAGGCUUCAAGAGGAGGUCAUCAAUGGGGUGCGUCGAUUUCACGAGCUAGACAGUGAAGUGAAGAAACAAUAUUAUACAAGAGAGACCACGGCGCCGUUUGUUUACAAUUGUAAUUUCGAUCUGUUCAGCGCACCGGCGGCCAAUUGGAGGGACACUUUCUUUACUUUCAUGGCCCCUGUUUCUCCCUGCUCGCAGGACCUGCCUGAAGUUUGCAGGGACAUCUUGGUUGAUUAUUCGAAAGAAAUAGCGAAGCUUGGGGAAUUAAUAUUUGAGUUGCUUUCGGAGGCUCUUGGUUUGAAAUCGACCCAUCUUCUUGACUUGGACUGCAACGAGGGACUAGCUCUUGUGUGCCACUAUUAUCCGCCAUGUCCUCAGCCUGAACUCACCAUUGGGGCCACCGAGCACUCCGACGAUACCUUCAUCACCAUCCUGCUGCAAGACCAUAUCGGAGGUCUUCAAGUGCUUCAACACAACAAAUGGGUGGAUAUUCCUCCUGUUCCGGGAGCCCUCGUCGUCAAUGUUGGCAGCUUAUUACAGCUGGUAACGAAUGACCGAUUCGUGAGCUCGGAGCACAGGGUGUUGGCGAAUAGCGAGGGUCAUCCGCGAGUAUCAGUGGCAAGUUUCUUCUCCACCGGGCCUCUUCCGACCUCCAAACGUUAUAGACCCAUCGAAGAACUGUUGUCGGAAGAAAAUCGUGCCAAGUACAGAGACAUAACGGUUAGGGAAUACAAUCUCUACUAUGCAGAAAAAGGGUUGGAUGGGACCUCUGCUCUCCCACAUUUCAGGCUUUGAUUACAUACUCAUUCAAAUUACCUAUAAGCUUGUGUUGUUUAUGAUACAAUCUUCUUCCCAAUUGGCUAUUAGGCCUAAACAUUAUGAAAAAUUGGCUAAAAAAGUAUUUACGAGUAAUGUCAUCCUUAUGAACAAGUGA